AUGAACAAAAUUAUUUUUAGUUUACUUAUUAUUUAUUUAUUUUUAUUCAAAUUGAUUAUAACAAAAUGUAGAAAUGGCGAAAUCGAUAAACAAGUUAAGCGCAAGUCUCUUCUUUAUAAUGAUAUUGUUGCAACUAAAAAUCAAGAUCAACAAGAAAAUAUUGCAAUCCUUGAUAAACAUUGUCACUUAGCUGAUAGUAAAUUUAUAGAACGUUGUGACCUUAAAGAUAUAAGUUCUGGACGAAAUUGUUCACCACCCGAACAAUGUUUAUUAAUAUCAUCAAGUUAUAAUUCAAUUAAAAAACAUUCAUUGAAAGCAGUACUUGAACCAAAAGAAGAUGCUAAUCAAUUUCUUCAUACUUUUUCUAGAAGAAAACGAGUUUUUUAUCUUCUUUCAUAG